GUCUCGCCCUCGGAACUUGAAGAAAUCAUCUGCCAACAUCCCGGCGUGGUGGAUGUGGGCGUAGUGGGCGUACCGGAUGAGAGUAUGGGUGAAGCUCCUAGGGCGUUUAUCGUGACUAGGGACAAUUCACCAGGAGGAUAUACACAGCUUCUCCAUCUCCAAGCCAUCUGCUCCCCCACAGCCAUCUGUUCCCCCACAGCUAUCUGCCUCCCACGGUCGUCUGCCCCCCCACAGUCAUCUCUUCCCACAGCCAUAUACUUCCCACAGCCAUAUACUUCCCCAGCCAUCUCCUCCCCCACAGUUAUCUACUUCCACACAGCCAUCUGCUCCCCAGCCAUCUGCUCCCCACAGCCAUCUGCUCCCCCAGCUAUCUGCCUCCCACAGUCGUCUGCCCCCACAGUCAUCUACUUCCGCCAUCUACUUCCCCACAGCCAUCUGUCCCCCACAGCCAUCUACUUCCCCACAGCCAUCUGCUCCCCCCAGUUAUCUCUUUCCCCAGCCAUCUGCUCCCCCACAGCCAUCUGCUCCCCACAGCCAUCUGUCCCCCCACAGCCAUCUGCUCCCCACAGCCAUCUGCUCCCCACAGUUAUCUACUUCCCCCACAGCCAUCUGCUCCCCCACAGUAUCUGCUCCCCACAACCAUCUCCCCACAGCCAUCUGCCCCCACAGCCGUCUGCUCCCCCACAGCCGUCUGCCCCCACAGCCCGUAGGGUCCUCUGUAGCACUCACACAAUGUCACUUGGACUAUUCCUGCUCAUUGUGGUACUCUUCUGCCUAAUUGCCAGUCAGCUCAAAUCAUUCCACACAAGGCAGUUGGGUUGA